CACUACUAUAUAACAAAUAAUUUGAGGUUACCCUGUAUGACAGUAGUUAUGUAGUGACUCUAUAGUAGUAGUCUAUUGGGUGUUUGGUUGUCAUGGUGACACGGACACGCCCUUCAGACGUUGAAAGGCUCCUCCCUGAUGAUUCAGACAGUGAUUACGAAUCAGACAUACCCCCGGUAACAAGUACAGAGGAUGAGUUCACAACUUACUUCACAUCUGAGAAAGUAACCAUACCUGAUGAGGGGGACCCUGCUAAAUUCAGCUGGAGCAAAUUGUGGGCCUUCACAGGGCCAGGAUUUCUCAUGAGUAUAGCCUACCUGGACCCGGGGAAUGUUGAGAGUGAUUUACAAGCGGGGGCUGCUUCUGAGUACAAGUUGUUGUGGGUGCUGCUCUUGUCAACUUUCGUUGGACUCUUACUGCAGAGGCUAGCAGCCAGAUUGGGAGUUGUUACCGGUAAACACCUAGCGGAAGUGUGCCGUGACGAGUACCCAAGAAAACCUCGCAUUCUGCUUUGGAUUAUGGUAGAAAUCGCCAUAAUCGGGAGUGACAUGCAGGAAGUAAUUGGCACAGCAAUCGCUUAUCUGCUCCUAUCAAACGGAAGGAUCCCGUUAUACGCUGGAACAUUGAUAACAGUGUGCGACACUUUUAUAUUUCUUCUUCUUGACAAAUAUGGUCUAAGAAAAUUAGAAGCUUUCUUUGGCUUUCUCAUCGCAGUCAUGGCAAUGACAUUCGGCACAGAGUUUGCGAUAGCAUCACCCGACCCAGCUAAGCUAGCAGCUGGUCUCUUCGUACCCUGGUGUAAAGGCUGCGGUGUCUACGUCAUCAAGCAAGCAGUGGGAAUAGUUGGAGCAGUUAUUAUGCCUCACAACCUCUACCUCCACUCCGCUCUCGUUCGGUCACGUGAGAUAGAUAGACGGAGGGUGGACAAGAUACGAGAAGCUAACAUGUACUACUUCAUCGAGGCAGCAAUAGCGCUCAGCGCCAGUUUCAUGGUCAACAUGUUUGUUGUGUCAGUGUUUGCGCAGGGCUACUUUCCGGGCAACAAGUCGACUGCAGAGUGCAAAGCGCAGGCGUGGGCCCAACUGAAUGACACUGAUAACCAGUCAAUUAACUUGCAAUCAGCUGGAGUAUUCCUGGAGAACUGUUACGGUAAAGUGGCAGCUGUUAUUUGGGGUCUUGGUUUGUUGGCUGCUGGCCAGAGUUCCACUAUGACCGGAACUUACUCUGGACAAUUUGUUAUGGAGGGAUUUCUGUUGCUAAAAUGGCCUCGAUGGGUCCGAGUUCUAGUGACCAGAUUGAUAGCUGUUGGACCGACACUCUCCCUAGCAAUAAUCAGUGGAGCUAAUUUCAGUGGUUGGAAUGAGAUGUUGAAUGUCCUUCAGAGUUUGCAGUUACCUUUUGCUUUAAUUCCAAUUCUUACUUUUACUGGCAGUUACAAGAUUAUGGGGGAGUUUGCUAUGAGCAAGAUAUCCUGUACUCUGAUGUGGCUGCUAGCAGCAGGGGUAAUGUGCAUCAACAGCUACUUUGUCUUCACCUACCUUCAGCUCCUACCUGACUCUAUGCCCGUGUACGUGCUAGUGACCUUGUUCCUGAUCAUAUACAUGAGUCUGGUGGUAUACCUCGGCUACAUCGCCGUCACAUACAACACACAACAUACUGGUUACAUGAGACCUGGUCAAGUUAUAGAGCUACAAAACUUAACAAACGUUGAGCCGAGGUCAACCUGAGAUUCUAUUGAACAAACCUCCUCACUUAUUAUAGGAACACUUCAUUUUAAGUUUGAUUUCUUAAUAUCAUAAUAAGAUUAUAGGUUGUCAGAUUAGCCAUGAAUUUUGCGUCAAUUUAAUUGAGUCGAACUGUUGCUAGCUGAAUUGAUUUUUCACUCUAAACCAAGAUUUAGAGUGAAACAUCUGUCCACUCUCGGACAGACUGAAAUCUCAUUUCAGUUUCGAAUUUGUUGCUAUUGAUAGUCCUAUUUUUAAAAUUUCAGUUUAAAUCAAGGGUUUCUUUUAUGAUUUAAUUUGUCAAAUUUAACUCUAUCGAACGAAAUAUAAUCUGCCGUUAUUUUGUCUACUCUGCAAUGUAUAUGUAACAAACCCUGUGAAUUAUUGUAUAGGUAUUGUUAGUUAUUAAUUUGAUGGGUUUUAAACUUAUUUUCUGCAGGUUUUUUAAUUUUUGUAAAUACAUAAAUCUAGCCACUCUAUAGAUAUGAACUGUCUUGAAAAUAUUUGUAAGACUAUCACAUGCUUGACUUUCAAUACUAUACUGCGUGUUUCCCUAAUAACUAGCAUCCCUAUGCAUGUUCGCGAAUGUGUCUUCUAGGUUGAUGAUUCGUCCUGAGAUGAGUGCUGUACAUUAAAGCCUGGAAGUUUACAAUACAACAUCAGUUCUACCAGAUUUAAACCGUCCUGGUUUGCCGGGUCUGUUUAGGGCUUGACAUUUUCACUGAACUAAUGGGGAGGUGUACAAAUCUAUUCUCACUGAUGAUUGUCAUAGCGACCAAUGAAAUAUGCAAACAUACGUCACGUGUGGACACAUAUAUUUGUCACGUGUGACACACGUGUGUUUUGCCGUAUAGCAAGUCUUAUUCAUCCUAUUAUAAGGGGACAAUUAUAUACAUGUGUACACUGAACAAUGUACAUUAUAGUUAAGCUCCUUGUAACUAAAUCAUCCCUUGAAUACACAUUCGUCUCAUACGUAGUGAAAAUGUAGUUAGCGAAGGUAUCUUGAUAUUUAAUUUAAAUUUGAGACCAAGCAAGGUUUUCACGCGGUUUUUGUUUAUGAUGUAAAUGGUUCGACGGUUCGCGAAUCGUUGUUUUACACUAUUCGGUUAAGGAUUUCUGCAUGCUAUUUUGACAGUUUAUUCAUGUGUCUGGUUUAUUUCAGUGAUAGAUAAGGAUAAUGAUUUUCCAACUAUUUUAAUGAAUUAAAGUUAAAGAGUUCUUUUACAGUUUCGUAAUUGAAAAGUCGCUUUUCCCCAAGUAUACUAUUUUAGAUGUACACAGUUUAUUUAACCCUUUGUGCCCCCCUCCCGUGCUAUUUGACAGCUGAGAAUAAAAUGUUAUUUUUAUUAAAAUGAUCCCUGUCCCUCGUUC